AUGGAAACAGAAAUAACUGAUCCGAUUCAUCAAGACUCUAAUCAUCAUGCAUUUUCUUAUCGUUUCUUAAACAAAACUCUUGCAAAUAGAGAAACAUGCAAAAGAGACUGGUUGUGCUGGAGUGUUGAAAAACAAUCUUUGUAUUGUGCACCAUGUUUUCUUUUUAACAAAAAUGCUGCAAAUGUGUCAUUUUUCUCUAGUUCUGCCGGAUGGGGCAUCAGUAGAGGUUGGACAAGAUUGAAAGAUCGUAUUCCGUUGCACGAAAGUUUAAUUUACCAUAAAGAAAACUAUGUUGUAUGGAAAUCUGCUAGUAGAGAAGCAUUAUGUGAAACUUCAGUAGAUAAUUUACUUUUAUCAGAACUCAAGACUGAAACUGAAAAUUGGAAAAAAUUAUUCCAACGUAUUCUAGAUAUUAUUAUUUUUCUUUCUGAACGUGGAUUAGCACUUUUUUCACCUAACCAACGAAUAGGUGAUCAAGCGAAUGGAAACUUUUUAGGUAUUAUUGAGCUUCUUAGCAAAUAUGACCCACUUUUAUCUGAGCAUGUUAAACAUGUUCGAGAAUCACAACAGUGUAAGCAGCGAAUGCGAGCUCAUUAUCUUUCAAUGCGAAUUCAGAACAAAUUUAUUGAUAUUUGUUCAACAGCAAUUCUCCACGAAAUGGUGAAAGCAAAAUAUUUUUCAAUAAUAGUUGAUGCUACUCCAGAUUGCUCGUACAAGGAGCAAACUACUCUGCUGGAUUUCGAAGCCUGGAUUGGUCAAGCUUACGACAACGGUGCUAAUAUGGCUGGAAAGUAUAACGGGUUGCAAGCGGUUUUGAUACAACAAAAUCCAAACUGUAUGUUUUCUAGCUGCGGAAAUCACUCAUUAAAUUUAGUUGGUGUCGAUUGCGCUGAAUCAUGCAAAGAAGCAGUAACGUAUUUUGGAACAAUUCAGCAAAUGUACAAUUUAUUCAGUAGCUGUCCUCAAAGGUGGGAAAUUUUAAAACAACAUCUUCCUGUUUCGUUGCAUGGAAUGUCCAAAACAAGAUGGUCAGCACGGAUUGAUGGCGUUAAACCAGUUACACAACAUUUGAACUCAGUAAGAAGUGCUUUAAAUGAACUUGGGGUGCUACAUUUAACAGCCCAGGCUAAAAUGGAACUCAAUGCUAUUCAAAAGUUGCGUGAACAAUUUGAUAAGAUUUUAAAUGAGUUAAAAUUUGUUGCAAGAAAUAUUGGUGUUUCAUGUGAGUUUUUAACUAAUCGUCAUUUUCCAAGUCAAGAUGAUGCCAAGUUGUAUUAUAAAAUCAAUGUAUAUUUUGUCAUCAUUGACUCAAUUAAAUCUGGCCUCACGCGACGAUUUCAGUCUUUACAAGAAAUUUGUAAACUUUUUGGAUUUCUCUGGCAGUUUAAAAAUUUGAAUGACGAAGACUGCACACCAAAAAAAUUGCUGGAAGAAAUACUUGGACUUGGUCUUUCAGGCGGUUGGUCAGCGUUUAUGGUUAGGAAAAUAGGAAAGUGGUCAGAAAUAUCUGUUGAACAAGUCUGUAGAAAUAAUAUUAUCCAGCAAAGUUGCUGA